AUGCUGGCCAACGGUCUUGGCCAGAAUAUGACCCCCCAGCGAAUGCCCGACGUAAAUGCGGUUCUUCAACGCCUCUCAUUCCUCCGGCAGAAUCCGCAUGAGCAGAAGCCGGGGGAAAUAGAAAAUCUUACGAAGCUCCUACAGACCAUCCAGCACCAACAACGCCGAAUGCAACAAGGACAACAACAGCCUCAGCCUCUGACAAACGGCCAUUCGGUCACAAAUGGCAUUAGCGCUUCUCCUCUCACCAACGGCGCCAUAUCGACUCAAAUUUUCCCUCCCAGUUCCCCCGUUUCUUUCGCCCCAGAAGACUUCAAUAAGCUUCGCGUUCACAUUCAAGCCUAUAAGCAACUCGUCAAAGGCUUGGGAAUCCCCGAACACCUCCAACCUCUCAUUCAUGGCCCAGCCAACCCUGUCGCUGAUCUCGAGAAACUCGUCCAUCCCACCGACAUAAACAGCAAGCUCAUUGACAGCGCUGUCCGGGUGGCCAAAACAGAACCUGUCGAGAGCUUCGAAGACGACGACGUAGACCCGGCGGAUUUGCCGCAAGGUCCCUUCCUCGAAGACGACAUCAAUUCAGGCAUCCACCCAUACAACGCCUUUGUCCACCCCUUCACCCAUCUCAGAAGACCCGCAGACCUCGAUCCCAAGCUUUGGGCCAGUCGUCUCCAGCGCCUCAUUAUCCCCACAGUCAUGCCUGCCGGGUUAGACCCUCGUCAGAUAAUGGAAGAGCGAGAUCGCUUCGUCGAGGCUCGGCGGCAACAGCGUAUACGGGAGUUGGAGGAAUUGCUGUCGACCAUGGGAGAUGGUGGUCUCGAGACGGGUUUUGACCACCAGGAUAUGAUCAAGAGCGAGAAAGAGAAUACAGCACUCAUAACACAAACGUCGCACGGCAAACUCAGAGCUCUCAACGAGCUUAAAGCCCUACGUCUCCUCGAUAAGCAACGCAUCAUGCGUGCAGCUGUCGCUGAGACUCUCAACCAUGGUUCACUACUCCCGCUCAAUCGUUUGGAAUUCCGUCGUUUCCGUAAGCCAGCCCUUAAAGAUGCGCGAACCACAGAACAGCGAGAGCGCCAACAACGGAUGGAGCGCGAGCGACGAGCCAAGUCGAAGCACGUGGAACAACUCGACGUUAUUUGCCAGCACGCCGUCAGUGUUCAAACCGUCGGUCGAAAUGCGCAAGACCGUGUUACGCGUCUCAACCGGGCUGUAUUGAACUUCCAUGUGUUCACGGAGAAGGAAGAACAGAAACGGAUGGAGCGUAUCGCGAAGGAGCGUAUCAAAGCCCUCAAGGCUGACGAUGAAGAAGCCUACAUGGCUCUCGUCGAUAAUGUCAAGGACACGCGUAUCACCCACUUACUGCGGCAGACGGACUCGUAUCUCGACUCUCUUGCCCAGGCUGUAGCUUCCCAACAAGGCGACACUUACUACGUCGGCGACGGUGCAACUGAAGCGACUUUUGGUGCAGCAGUCACGACGGCAGAGGAAGAUGCCCAUUCGUCCUCCGCUUCCAAAGUCGACUAUUAUGCCGUUGCUCAUCGUAUUCAAGAGCCCAUCACAAGGCAACCGUCUAUCCUUGUGGGUGGCACUCUGAAGGAGUACCAAUUGAAAGGUCUGCAAUGGAUGGUCAGCUUGUACAACAAUCGCCUCAACGGUAUCUUGGCUGACGAAAUGGGUCUCGGCAAGACGAUCCAAACGAUUUCGUUGAUUAGUUUCCUUAUCGAAUCCAAAAAGCUCUAUGGACCCUAUCUUGUUAUCGUCCCCUUGUCCACGAUGACCAACUGGUCCGGAGAGUUUGCGAAAUGGGCACCCAGUAUCAAGAACGACCUUCGCGUGGGCCACUUCCAGGUCCUCUUGACCACCUACGAGUAUAUUAUCAAAGACCGCCCCGUCCUUUGCAAGAUGAAAUGGCUACACAUGAUCAUUGAUGAGGGCCACCGCAUGAAGAACACGCAAAGUAAACUGACGGUCACUUUAACGACUUACUACCAUUCCAAGUACCGUCUCCUGCUCAGUGGAACCCCUCUCCAAAACAAUCUCACGGAGCUCUGGUCGCUGCUCAAUUUUGUUCUCCCAAGAAUCUUCAACUCUGUCAAAUCCUUCGACGAAUGGUUCAACACACCUUUCGCGAACUCUGGCACCGGCGACAAGAUUGAACUGAACGAAGAAGAGGCGAUGCUUAUUAUUCGUCGUUUGCACAAGGUGUUGAGGCCAUUUUUGCUUCGGCGUUUGAAGAAGGACGUGGAGAGUGAACUGCCCGACAAGGUCGAAAAAGUCAUCAAGGUCCGCAUGAGUGCGCUGCAGAGUCAGAUCUACAAGCAGAUGAAGAAGCACAAGAUGAUCGCGGACGGGUCCACUCAAAAGAACGGCAAAGUUACUGGUGUCAAAGGUCUGAGCAAUGAAUUGAUGCAGUUACGCAAAAUUUGCCAGCAUCCUUUCCUAUUCGAGAGUGUCGAGGACAACAUCAACCCUUCAGGCCUGGUGGACGACAAAAUCAUUCGCACAUCCGGCAAGAUUGAGCUGCUCAGUCGCAUUCUUCCCAAAUUCUUUGCAACAGGUCAUCGAGUCCUGAUUUUCUUCCAAAUGACCAAAGUCAUGGAUAUCAUGGCCGACUUUUUGAAUAUGCUCGGUUGGAAAUUCCUUCGACUCGAUGGUGGAACGAAAACGGAGGAACGUGCCAAUUUCGUGCAACUCUUCAACGCGUCCGACGAGUACAAAGUAUUCAUUCUUUCCACGCGAGCAGGCGGUCUCGGUUUAAAUCUGCAAACUGCAGACACUGUCAUCAUAUUCGAUAGUGACUGGAAUCCUCACGCCGAUUUGCAAGCUCAAGAUCGUGCUCAUCGUAUCGGACAGACCAAGGCCGUGCUAAUCCUUCGAUUUAUCACCGAGAAGAGUGUGGAGGAGGCGAUGUACUCGCGUGCCCGGUACAAGCUCGAUAUCGACGACAAGGUCAUCCAGAAGGGUCGCUUUGACAACAAGUCAACUCAGGAAGAGCAAGAGGAGUUUUUGCGAGCAAUCCUCGAAGCCGACCAAGAGGAAGACAACGAAGAGGCCGGUGAUAUGAACGACGACGAACUCAACCUUAUCCUUGCUCGCUCCGAGGAGGAACAGGAACUUUUCCGUGAAAUGGACUCGAAGCGCGAACGCGACCAGCAGGAAACGUGGCGAGCUCAGGGACAUCGCGGGAAGCCUCCUCCGCCUUUGAUGCAAUUCGAGGAGUUGCCCGAAUUUUACCAAAAGGACGAACCUUUCGAAGCCACCGUGAUAGACGAGGCUGCGGAAGGUCGUGGACAACGGCGCAGGAAAGAGGUUAGCUAUAACGACGGACUUGACGAUGAAACAUGGGCGAUGGCGCUGGAGGAUGGCGAAGAUCUUGAAGAGUUGGCUGAUCGCGCGAGAAGACGAGCUGCGACACGCCCGUUGGAAUCAGGCCGCGGCACACCAGUCUCGGAUUCAGAUUCCCGUGGCCGCAAGGGCAGAAAGGGCAAGGGCCGUAAUACUGAUUAUGAGCCGGUCAUUCUCAGUGGGAAACGGAAACGUGGUGGGAACUCUGUUUCUGUUACACCCUCUAUCGCCGAUCUGGACGACGAUGACGACGACCGCAUUUCGAAGCGCCGCAAACCGCCACCGAAAGCCAAUGGCCCUGAUGUUCCUCCCGCCAUUCGUGAAAAGAUGAAGAAGGUUUUCAACGAGUGCCAUCGUGCCGUUCUUGCAUGCGAAGAUACCGAUGGUCGCAAACGCUGUGAAUUGUUCAGAGAACUACCAGACAAACACGACUACCCCGACUACUACCAACUGAUCACCCAACCCAUCGCCCUCUCCCAUCUACGCAAACGAGGGAAUGGAAUCUUCUACAAGGACGUCCAAGCCUAUCGAAACGACUGGGCCUUGAUGUUCAACAACGCCCGAACAUAUAACCAGGAGGGGUCGUGGGUUUAUGUGGAUGCAGUAGAAAUGGAGAAAGUUCUCGACUCAACCUUCAAACGCUUAACAGUUGGCUCUGGAUUGCCUGGGGCAGCACCGGGACUUGGUGGAAACGUUGUUGGGCCAGCUGCUGGCAUGUACGAGUCGGCUUUGACGCCUAUGGAAGAAGAUGAAAGGCCUCUUCCACCGUCAAGAGGUCGAAGUCGACGGCAGGUCAUCAGCGACGAAGAAUACCUUACUCCCAGCGACGAUGACUGA